AUGGUGCGCACUUAUGUUCGAAAAACUGAAAAAUUAAAUGAAACGGGAAUGUCGGCGGCACUCGAUGCCGUGAAAAAAGGCAAUAGUAUUAACAGCGCAGCUAUGAAAUUUGGCGUUUCACGAGGAGCUUUACGCUGUCGAUUAAAGAGUAAAACUCCUGAAAACCCUCAUGCAUAUAAACAUAUUUUCAAUGCAGAACAAGAAGCAUCGCUGAAAAGAUAUUUAUUGCGCUCAGUGGCAAUGUAUCACGGUUUGUCUUAUCCUGCGGUUCGUAAACUUGCUUACGAGUUUUCAUGCGCUACCACGGAUUGGCUUAAUGGAUUUAUGCUUCGUGAUCCAGAUCUUUCACUGCGGAAACCAAUGGCAACUAGUCUCGGCAGGGCGACUGCAUUUAAUCGUCAUAAUGUCAAGGAAUUUUUCGAAAAAUUGAAAGACGUCAUUCAGCGAUUUAAAAUACAACCGCAAAACAUUUGGAAUGUUGACGAGUCAGCGCUAACCACAGUACAAAAACCUGUUCCUGUCGUAGCUCCACGUGGUGCAAGAAGUGUAGGUGGCAUUUCAUCAGGCGAAAGAGGAACUCUAGUGACGCUCACUCUCGCAUGUUCAGCACGUGGCAUGGUAGCACCACCUUUUUACGUUUUUCCACGGGCGAAAUUUCAAGAACAUUUUUUGUCAGGCUUAGACGCAGAUGGUGCGGCAAAUCCAUCCGGUUGGAUGAAAAGCGAACAAUUUUUUAAAUUCUUGAAUCACUUUGUCAAGUACGCACAUCCGACGAAAAAAGUACCAGUUUUACUAUUAUUGGACAAUCACAAAUCGCAUCUGUCGAUUUCCAAUUUAGAUUUUUGUAAAGAAAAUGGAAUUGUCGUCCUUUCUUUUCCACCACACACUACGAAUAAACUGCAGCCACUUGACAGAUCCGUGUUUGGUCCCAUUAAGCACUACUUUCAUGCCGCGUGCGACACUUGGAUGCGAUUGCCGCAAAAUGCUGGAAAGACUAUCACGAUCUAUGACAUCCCACGGAUUGCUGCGAAACCUAUCGAAUCGGGUGCGUCUGUUUCCAACAUUAAAAGUGGCUUCGCCGUGUCUGGAAUUUGGCCAUUGAACGAAAAUGUGUUCACGGACAUCGAUUUCUUACCAUCGGAUAUAACUGAUCGCGAAAACACUGUUAAUCGGGCAUCCACUUCUGCGGAUUCUGACACGGAGCAAGAAUGGAUGUCAGCUGUUUACGAUGUCAAUGAAACAGUUGAUUUGGAUAAAACUCUAAAAGAAAUUCAUCCGUACAUAAAGGCUUCACCGCGCAAACAGACAAAACGUGGCCGCAAACGUAAAUCUGCGAUUUUAACCGAUUCACAAGAAAUGGCACCAUUGCGCGCAGAGCAGCAAGCCCUCAGUGAGAAAAAAGCAAAGAAAGCAGCUUCCAAAGCUGCUGCUGUAACAAGAAAAAUAUUAGCAGAACAAACCAAAAAAGCAAAAGUUGAUAAGCAACUUAAGCAAGCGGCAAAAAGUUCAGGUUUGGAUAUUGAAAGUGCUAAAAAGAAAAGUGUUGGCCGCGGCCGUCCCAAAAAACAAUAA